AUGACCGAAACACGGAAAUGGCCGAACUACGGAAAUGGCCGAACUACGGAAAUGACCGAAGUGCGGCAGCAACAUUCGGACUUCUUCAUUGUUUACCCACUGCAGAGUGACGACCACAUCAAAACCGACUGCAAUUUUUUCAUCACUUGGGACCAGUGGGUGCCACCGAAGUUGUGCACAACUCCCUCCUCUCAAAACGGCCCCAAACUAACAAACUAUAUACUUUCAAACAUGCCAUCCUGGCAGACACAAACCGAAGCACUACCCACCCAACAUGCCGGUACUGAAAGAUUUGACAUGUCCUGGAAUUUCGAGGAUGAUCAAGUGCCGACAGUGGAACGACCGAAUGACACUCCAUCAGCUGACCCGCACGUGCUAAGCCAAGCGUUUGACAUGUGUUGGGACACUCAGGUCAAUCCGGCGGCGACUGAUCCGGCGGAAGCAGCCGUACCACUGAAAGCAGGUGAAUAUAAUCUAUGUUGGAAUGCCGAGGAAGGUCUACCGAAGGUUGAUGUGGCACUGAUCCACCAGCUGGACAUCAAAGAGAAUGAGACCAUCGCUAUCGCAAUACCCGGCGGAGCCGGUCAAUACGAUAUGUGUUGGAAUGACCGUGCAUCUGCAGAAGCAAUGGGAUAUAUAGGUGAUUUUGACAUGUGCUGGGGUGAUUCACCAUUGGCAGGAGAUGAUCACCUUGAAAGUGGUUCUAUUGCUGCACCGGUGAUUAACUUGAUCAAUGCAGCGGACACUCCGGCACCGUAUGAUCUGUGUUUUGAGAAUAUAUCGCCGACCACAUCUCCGGCACCGAGGGAUGGCUCACCGAGUCAGACAGUCGAGGCAGGCGAGGAAUUGCUGCACCGAGCAAAUUCCAGGCUAGAAAAUAUUGAUGCUGCAAUGCAUAGGUCUAUAUUUCUUCUCAUCAUUGAACUGAUGCCAAGGAUCCCCGUGUUACAGGAGAUGACCGACGGCAAGGUUGCAGAGAUCUCUUGGACGCCAACCAGGAUUUGA